UCGGUGCGGCUCCUCCACCCGCCGCACUUCUCUCCGGUCUUCUCUCCGUCCGCCUGACUACCGAUCUCCUCCGACCUCCUCCGGUCUCCUCCGACCUCCGCCAUGGACGCCAUAAAGAAGAAGAUGCAAAUGUUGAAGUUGGACAAAGAAAAUGCGAUCGACCGCGCGGAGCAAGCCGAGACCGAGAAGAAGCUGGCGGAGGAUCGCUGCAAGCAGCUGGAGGAGGAGGUGAUGGAGAUGCAGAAGAAGCUGAAGGGCACGGAGGACGAGGUGGAGAAAUAUUCCGAGUCUGUGAAGGACGCUCAGGAGAGGUUGGAACUUGCCGAGAAGAAAGCCGGAGAUGCUGAAUCGGAUGUGGCCUCUCUGAACAGACGCAUCCAGCUGGUAGAGGAAGAGUUGGAUCGCGCCCAGGAACGAUUGGCAACAGGUCUGCAGAAACUGGAGGAAACUGAGAAGGCUGUGGAUGAGAGCGAAAGAGGAAUGAAGGUCAUUGAGAACAGAGCCAGCAAAGAUGAAGAGAAGAUGCAUGACCAGGACCUGCAGCUGAAAGAGGCCAAGCAUGUGGCUGAGGACUCUGACAGGAAGUAUGAAGAGGUUGCCCGGAAAUUGGUGGUAAUUGAGACAGAGCUGGAACGAUCUGAGGAGAGAGCUGAAGUCGCUGAGAGUAAAUGUGCCGACCUGGAGGAGGAGCUGAAGAAUGUCACCAAUACUAAAAAGUCCCUGGAGGCACAAGCGGAUAAGUAUUCAUCCAAGGAAGACCAUUAUGAAGACGAGAUCAGACACCUGAGUGAGCGGCUAAAGGAGACCGACUCUCGAGUUGAGUUUGCAGAAAAGUCCGUAGCCAAGCUGGAGAAGACCAUUGAUGACCUUGAAGGUAAAAUACAAAUGUUACUAAGGAAGCUUUUCAUUGGCUUCCCCCAGAUCUUCCCACCCAUAGUCCUCUCUGAUGAGAUUUUCAUUGGCUUCCCCCAGAUCUUCCCACCCAUAGUCCUCUCUGAUAAGAUUUUCAUUGGCUCCCCCCAGAUCUUCCCACCCAUAGUCCUCUCUGAUGAGAUUUCCAUUGGUUUCCCUCAGAUCUUCCCACCCAUAGUCCUCUCUGAUGAGAUUUUCAUUGGCUUCCCUCAGAUCUUCCCACCCAUAGUCCUCUCUGAUAAGAUUUUCAUUGGCUUCCCCCAGAUCUUCCCACCCAUAGUCCUCUCUGAUAAGAUUUUCAUUGGCUUCCUCCAGAUCUUCCCACCCAUAGUCCUCUCUGAUAAGAUUUUCAUUGGCUUCCCUCAGAUCUUCCCACCCAUAGUCCUCUCUGAUAAGAUUUUCAUUGGCUUCCUCCAGAUCUUCCCACCCAUAGUCCUCUCUGAUGAGAUUUUCAUUGGCUUCCCCCAGACCUUCCCACCCAUAGUCCUAUCUGAUGAGAUUUUCAUUGGCUUCCCCCAGAUCUUCCCACCCAUAGUCCUCUCUGAUAAGAUUUUCAUUGGCUUCCCCCAGAUCUUCCCACCCAUAGUCCUCUCUGAUAAGAUUUUCAUUGGCUUCCCCCAGACCUUCCCACCCAUAGUCCUCUCUGAUAAGAUUUUCAUUGGCUUCCCCCAGACCUUCCCACCCAUAGUCCUCUCUGAUAAGAUUUUCAUUGGCUUCCCCCAGAUCUUCCCACCCAUAGUCCUAUCUGAUGAGAUUUUCAUUGGCUUCCCCCAGAUCUUCCCACCCAUAGUCCUCUCUGAUAAGCUUUUCAUUGGCUCCCCCCAGAUCUUCCCACCCAUAGUCCUCUCUGAUGAGAUUUUCAUUGGCUCCCCCCAGAUCUUCCCACCCAUAGUCCUCUCUGAUGAGAUUUUCAUUGGCUUCCCCCAGAUCUUCCCACCCAUAGUCCUCUCUGAUGAGAUUUUCAUUGACUUCCCCCAGAUCUUCCCACCCAUAGUCCUCUCUGAUGAGAUUUUCAUUGGCUUCCCCCAGACCUUCCCACCCAUAGUCCUAUCUGAUGAGAUUUUCAUUGGCUUCCCCCAGAUCUUCCCACCCAUAGUCCUCUCUGAUGAGAUUUUCAUUGGCUUCCCCCAGAUCUUCCCACCCAUAGUCCUCUCUGAUGAGAUUUUCAUUGGCUUCCCCCAGAUCUUCCCACCCAUAGUCCUCUCUGAUGAGAUUUUCAUUGACUUCCCCCAGAUCUUCCCACCCAUAGUCCUCUCUGAUGAGAUUUUCAUUGGCUUCCCCCAGAUCUUCCCACCCAUAGUCCUCUCUGAUGAUAUUUUUAUUGGCUUCCCCCAGAUCUUCCCACCCAUAGUCCUCUCUGAUGAGAUUUUCAUUGGCUUCCCCCAGAUCUUCCCACCCAUAGUCCUCUCUGAUGAGAUUUUCAUUGGCUUCCCCCAGAUCUUCCCACCCAUAGUCCUCUCUGAUGAGAUUUUCAUUGGCUUCCCCCAGAUCUUCCCACCCAUAGUCCUCUCUGAUGAUAUUUUUAUUGGCUUCCCCCAGAUCUUCCCACCCAUAGUCCUCUCUGAUGAGAUUUUCAUUGGCUUCCCCCAGAUCUUCCCACCCAUAGUCCUCUCUGAUGGGAUUUUUAUUGACUUCCCCCAGAUCUUCCCACCCAUAGUCCUCUCUGAUGAGAUUUUCAUUGGCUUCCCCCAGAUCUUCCCACCCAUAGUCCUAUCUGAUGAGAUUUUCAUUUACAAGGGAAAUCUCCCCAUUGUGGGAGGGGCAGAGUGUGUCUCUGCCCCUCCCACAAUGGGAAGAUUUCCCGCAUUGGCUUUCCCCAGAUCUACUGCAGGAAAUCUCCCCAUUGUGAAAGGGGCAGAGACACAAACUACAGCAGGAAAUAUCCCAAUUGUGGGAGGGGCAGAGACACAAACUUCUGGGGGGAAAUGGAAUCACUGUGGUCUCGAAGAGAUAUAAGUUACUUCUAUUUGA